CUCCUCCCUGCCCCGGGCUGUCGCGCGCACAGUCCAGGGCGUCUCAAGCUCCUGCACGCGCUCGCUUUACCAGUCCUGGGGAAAAGGGAGCGAGCGAGCGAGUGAAGGAAAGAACGAACGGAGAGAGCUGCUGGAGCUGUUCCUGCAAAGCCAGCCGAAGAGGGUGGCUGGGAGGGAGGGGCACUAGGACAGGAGGUCGCGGCAUCAGGAGCAGCGCUGUUCUGAAUUUUCUAUGUGAUGAAGGUUCAUUGCAUUUCUCCUCCGUUUGCUGCUAGCUGACACUCAACUGCACCCAGUGCGCACCAGAGAGGAGACGCCGCGGUGCUGUGACCUUGGCCGAGGAGUGGCAAGUUGAUAAUUUCAUUAUUUAAGAGCCUUUCUGAUUUGGGGUGACAUGGCACAGGGAAAUAAUUAUGGACAGAGCAGCAAUGGGGUGGCUGAUGAAUCGCCCAACAUGCUUGUGUACAGAAAGAUGGAAGAUGUCAUAGCACGCAUGCAAGACGAAAAAAAUGGAAUUCCUAUUCGGACUGUCAAAAGCUUUCUUUCCAAGAUACCCAGUGUCUUCUCUGGGUCAGACAUUGUGCAAUGGUUAACAAAGAACUUAACUAUAGAAGACCCGGUGGAGGCUCUCCAUUUGGGGACAUUAAUGGCUGCCCAUGGCUAUUUCUUUCCAAUCUCAGAUCACGUUCUCACAUUAAAGGAUGAUGGCACAUUUUACCGAUUUCAAACACCCUAUUUUUGGCCAUCUAAUUGUUGGGAGCCGGAAAAUACAGACUAUGCUGUUUACCUCUGCAAGAGAACAAUGCAAAACAAAGCUCGGCUGGAGCUAGCAGACUAUGAAGCUGAGAGCUUGGCUAGACUACAACGAGCGUUUGCCCGGAAGUGGGAGUUUAUUUUUAUGCAAGCAGAAGCCCAAGCAAAAGUUGACAAGAAAAGAGACAAGAUAGAAAGAAAGAUUCUUGACAGCCAGGAACGAGCGUUCUGGGAUGUACAUAGACCAGUGCCUGGUUGUGUAAACACAACCGAAGUGGAUAUUAAAAAAUCAUCCAGAAUGAGGAACCCUCACAAAACUCGAAAGUCGGUCUAUGGACUACAAAAUGAUAUUCGAAGCCACAGCCCAACUCACACACCCAUACCAGAAACUAAGCCUCCAACAGAAGAUGAAUUGCACCAACAGAUAAAAUACUGGCAAAUACAGUUAGACAGACAUCGGUUAAAAAUGUCUAAAGUCGCUGAUAGUCUACUAAGCUACACAGAACAGUACGUUGAAUAUGACCCCUUUCUUGUGCCACCUGACCCUUCUAAUCCAUGGAUGUCAGAUGAUACCACUUUCUGGGAACUUGAAGCAAGCAAAGAACCUGGCCAGCAGAGAGUUAAACGAUGGGGUUUUGGCAUGGAUGAAGCAUUGAAAGAUCCAGUUGGGAGAGAACAGUUCCUCAAAUUUCUAGAGUCAGAAUUCAGUUCAGAAAAUUUGAGGUUCUGGCUGGCAGUGGAAGACUUGAAGAAACGAACUAUUCGGGAAGUCCCCACCAGAGUCCAGGAAAUAUGGCAGGAAUUUCUGGCUCCAGGUGCUCCCAGUGCCAUUAAUUUGGAUUCCAAAAGCUAUGACAAAACCACACAAAAUGUGAAGGAGCCAGGACGGUACACAUUUGAAGAUGCUCAGGAGCACAUUUACAAAUUGAUGAAAAGUGAUUCCUACCCACGUUUCAUUCGAUCCAGUGCCUACCAGGAGCUGCUACAGGCAAAGAAAAAGUUGGGCAACUCAAUGGAUCGCAGAACAUCUUUUGAGAAACUUGCGCAUAUGUGGGCAGAAACAUCCCUAUUUUCCCAUGCCAUAAAAACUGUACACCAACACUGAGGGCCAGCACUAACCUGUUAUGAAAAGAGGGGAAAUCGCUCACAUCAAAGAGGUUAACCAGUCUAGUUCAGUCCUAUUAAAAAGGAUCUACUUGUAGCAUGGACCCAGCCUCGAAUCAUUAUACACACUUUGUAGCUCACUAAUUCCCUGGAUCAGAGGACAUUAGACCAAGAUGUUGCAUGAGCAAAGGACUGGAUUUGUUCUCUUUUGUGUACACUAAAGCAUUACAGACUCCGAGGGACUCUAUCCCUUCUCACUGCUUCCAUUUCAAAUCUUGUCUGUUCACUUCCUCCUUCAUAUCAAGCUGGAUCUGUCUAUUACUUUUCUGCAAGUUCAAGUACAGUGAAAACUUUUUUUUGAAAGCCUCUACUAGACACACAGUUUAUUUUAAAAAAUACAGUAAAUCCCAAACUGGAAGAAUUGUAAAAAAUAUAUAUUAAUAAAUACGCAAAUGGCAUCACAUUUAUUGAACAAUAAAUUAGCACAGAAAGUUUCAUUUCACUUAUGUAUUUCCAGUCAAAAAAAAAACAAACUGUGUCUUUGUCUGUUGUCUGUACAUUCUCUGUUAAUGUUUCCUGCAUUUAUUUUUAUACCAUAUUUAAAAAAGAAACACCUUUUACUCCAAAUGUAUUAAAGUUGGUCCCUUCUCUGUAAA